AUGAAAAUCGGAUCCAAGAAACCUUUACCUUCCCAAUCCCCCUUCCUUCAUUCUUCCCACCAAACUCAUUCGAGAGCUCGGGUCUCUGUCCAACAGGGCCCUCAGAGGGACGUUCGUCACCCCUCCUCUAGCCUUUAUCAUCCUCAUAACCUUUAUCACCAAGCUCCUUUAUAUGGUGGUUGGAAUACAUCACUACAUUCAUCCCCCCUUGACUAUGGUGGCGGUGUUGAGCCUGACUACUAUGAUUAUGAUUAUGAAGACCAUGAAAAUGGAAGAGAUUCCGGGGACCCAUAUCAUGAAUACAAUAAUGAUAAAGUAGCAUACAAUGUAGCAAACUAUCAUUACUCAAUUGCCAACUUUGGGCAUAAGGAAGAAAACCAAACCCCUAAAACAGUUCAUAUGGCAACAAUGACACCAAAGAAUGCUCCGGUUACCCCAACUGUUCUUACCUAUACAACUGCAGCACCAAAUUAUGUUUCACCUUUUCCUCAGAGUCAGACUGUGCCACGUCAUCUCACAAUGAAGGCCUCAGACCCAACUUUACAUCAUUCAGGAGUUCUACUAAAGGAAAACCCAGUUACUCCAACUGUUGUCACAUAUACAAGUCAAAAACCCACAUAUCCUUUGCCUCAUCCUGCAUCUGAAAUCAGAACAUAUAAUUCUCCUGCAAAGCAUUCUGGUGUUAUAUCACAGCAUGCAGCUGCCACACCAGAUAAGGAUUCUAGUGUUCCUGAUGUCCUAGCUUAUUUAACUUCAAAGGCAAGCUACCCUUCAUCUUCUUUAAUGGCUCAGACCAGGCUGCGUCAACCGAAGCAAAAUCUUCAGAGAGCAAAUUCGCGUUAUAAAGCACCAUCACCUCUGUAUCAUCAUGAAAUGCCAAGACAUAAGAAUGUGCGUGAACAGCCACAAACUAUUACAACUUCAUCAAAAUAUUCUUUACAAGAGCAUCAUUCCAAAGCUAUUUAUGAUCCAAAAGAUUAUACAACUCCAUCCACUUUCACUUAUGAAACCAAGUCCCAUUCCCCUUCUACUCCAUCAUAUCAGGACAUCACUGACCCCUCACAUGUUUUACUAAAAGAAUAUCCAACUGGGAGACCUCUUCGGUCACCUAAGCUUCCUUCAGUUUCUCAUAGCCUGCCUGUAUAUGGAAAUACCUAUGAUUUAACCAAUUUAGAGGAAAAACAUUUACAACAAGAUACUUUGUACUCUCAUUCUGAAGAAGUUAAUCCAGACUUAUUUAACACAAAGGGAGAGACCUCUGCUAAUAGAGAAACUGAAGGUAAAGAUAAUUCUUCCAAGGACAACUUUGCGCCACUGAAAAAGCCUUCUAUUACAUUCUACUCCUCAGAGGAAACAGAUCCAGACCCAAAUGUUGAAGAUAAGAUGAAUCAACCAAUUAACACACAUCAUACCUCUACUAUGGAAAGAAACUUGUUUAACCAGCACAAUAAUCAGUACUCAUAUAAUCCACCCAGUAACGUUCAGGGGCAUUAUAACCAUUACUGGGGUAACAAUAACUACAGAAACUAUUUCACAGACCCUUAUGCAUACUCACAGAAUACAUUUACUGGUUCAAGAGCAUACUCUGGUCCAAACGUUGCUGGGGCAGAGGAUACCACAUUGGCCUCUGGAAAUCUCCUAGCUGCAAGAGGACAAUACUUUAAUCCUGUUAUUCAAAGUGACAUAUCUGCUUAUCAUCCGCAGGAAAUAUUACGGCAAUAUUACCUCGAUUCCUACACUUACCUUUCAAAUCUGAGAAGAAAUGAUUCACUAGCUCAGAUAUAUAAAGAAAAUCCAUACACAAGAAGAUUCAUGGGAGUAGCACCAAAGUUUAUGUCAACAACUGGACCAUAUCCACCCAAACCCAGUUUAAGUUUUGACACAGUGGAUGACAACAUCACUGGUUUACAUGUUAAUCAAAAACAUGUUUAUGAAGCUGACCCAACAGAAUUUGUCUCAAGUGUUGGUGGAAAUAUAGAAGAUCUAACAAUACAAACAUCAACUCAAAUACCAGAGCACCUGACACCUGUAACCCUUACAGCAUUAAGCAUGGAAUCUUUUAAAUCUGAAGAAGCACCAACAGCAACUCACCUCACAACUCGCAUGCCGUUCAGAGCUGCAGAAAUUACAACUGCCUAUAAUCCAGAGCUUAACUCUGUAAUGUCAGUUCUCGACUCUGAACUGAAAGGAAAUCCUAAACAUAACGGGUCUAUAGCUACUGUAUACUCUACCGCAGGCCCAUCAUCACCAAAGAUGUCACUGCUUGAAUUGUAUCCAUUCAAAAGGCCAGAUCCCUCUAGAUAUUUUAGUGAAACUUCUACAUCUGUAAAUCCACUAAAUGUUACUCCUGGUAAUAAGCCUAAGAAUGUUAAUCCUGCGGUCAGCACAACAAGAGCAAGAAAUGCUUCUCCACGUCCAAAGCCUAUAAGAAGAAGAAAACCUAAACUUAUUCCUGAUAACAUAGCUGAAAAUAAACACAGAAAUGUCACAGCAGGAGCACAUCGCAAACAUCCAACAUUACCCAGAAAAUAUCUACCUCGUCGACAACGGCCAACAAGCCCUCCAGUAAAGAGUAUAGAUGAAAACCCGGAUUCAGAGAGUAAGCCUGUGACUUUAGACACUCACUUAUCUCAGGAAAUAAGUAAAUCUAAAUCGACUGCAAAUGUAAGGAAUCAAAGAAAUAAAAAACUUGUAAAAAGGCGUCGCCGACCAUCUCAAGCACGAUUUUCCCUAUUAAAUAGUACACAUAAAUCACCUCCUGCAUCCCAUUCCUCAUCCCCGGAUUCUAGCACUCCUUACAUUCCUUCAACUGUAACUCCAACUAAAGGCUAUCUAUCAUCAACUGAAAAUAGCUUGCAUGGUAUUCCUGAAACUUUAACUUCUGUUCAGUCUCCCAAGCCUUCUACGUCUGACAUAGUAUAUAUAGGCUCUUCUAAUGAAAUGAAACACAAUCCAUCAUCUGGAGUAGCUUCUUUAGAAAUGUUAGUCGAGAAACCUAUUCCUCCUCUUCCAACCCUUGCCUCCAGCAGUAUAGAUUCAGCAACAAAUGAGGAAAAAAAAUCCCCACUUCCACACCAUGAUCUUCAACAUCCAGUGAUCCCCCAAACAACUUUGGUCCAAGGAGAAACAUCAUCUCAUUCCCCCCUUCCUAUACCCACAGGUGGGAAUAAGUCCUUGCCAGGUCCAAUAUCCGGUCUACCUCGACGAGACCCGAAUGACCCGACGGGAGAUAGAUCGACAGGACCCAACCCAACACAGACAUCCCCGAUAUAUUCAAAGACUUAUCAUAUGGAAAAUCAGACAGGAGAAAUCAUACCAAAUGUACAGUUAACAUUAAACAUCAAUGUCCCUCUGCAAAAGUAUCUUAGUGACAUUUUAAAUCCUCAGAUCCUUUCAUCAGGUUACUCUCUCACAACUAAGGAAGCUUUGCCUUUCCAUGAACCUCAUUCAGUAAAAAACGGUCCCUUACUAACUACCACAAUAAAGCCCAUUCAUACCAUUAAAACUGGCUUUGGAUCUAUUAAUAAAGAUGGUUCUCCUCUGGAAGCAUCUUCAGCAAAAAAAUAUUCAAACUCAUUAAGCCUUUCUCAUUCUGCUAGGGAAUUGCCAAAUGCUCACUGGCCUCAAACAACUUCAAAGCCCACAACCUAUGCUGACUCUGCUCGAGAUGAAGUUGUAGGAGUACCCACAACUCAUAGUCCUUUAGUGUUUCCACGUCAUAAGCACCUUCAUAAUUCUCACUUCACUAAUAGACAACAAAGACACCGAAUGCUGAUGAGUCAGUAUUUUAAACAAAGGUUUAGGCCAUUUUCACAUCGAAGACCAUCCGACAUACAACAACUGUUGCAUGGACCAGUAGUACGAACAAGAUAUCUGCAAUCACAAAGGAACAAACCAACAAGUGCUUCUUUCCAAAACAUUAAUUUUGGUCUCAUGACCACUGUAAGUCCAAAACAUUCAAUUGAUACUCUUUCUCCAGACAAGGUAGUUACACCUAAGAUUCCAGAUUUUCAUCUGGUUUCAACUCCACCUGCUCCUGUUUCAAAGAAUGGGCAAGAAUCAUUGGGAAAUUAUCGAAGAAAUAAUGAAAAAGUUGUUUAUCCAGGUAAACAGAAUCAUCCAUCAACAGUUUUUACCAUGACAAACAAUUAUAAUCCUUUCCACUAUCAUUCUGGUACUGAAGAUGCUUCAUCUAGCCUUAACAGUCCACCACCAAUCCAUAAGAUGCAUGGAUAUUUGCCAACUUCAAGUCCUCAUUUCAGAGGUAAUGGUGAUAACCCUUACCUUUUAUACCAUAGUAUUCAUAAGUCUAAUGCACAACUAUCCAACACUCAUAAAGAACAAUACAAUCAUCAUGCAUAUCUAAACCAUGGAUAUCCCAAUGAACCAUAUGACUCAGAUUCGCUUACCCUGAGCCAUCCAACAACAAAAUAUCCCUUUGAUAGUCAUAGUGACCACCGAAAAGUCAAUUCCCAUCCACCAUAUAAGGAAGAAACUUACCAUUCAACAACUGCUAGACCAAACUAUUCAACAACAAAGCAGCCAGAUGUGCACCAUCAACUGAAUAUACGCCACCAAUAUCAGACUACAUAUCACCCUUCAAGGCCAACCAUCAAGUAUACUACAAAUGAUUUACCUAACAAUCUUUCAACUACCAGUUCACCUGAAACAUUUCCUGAAUACUUUUAUACUUCAGUAAUGCCUCACAGUCCCAAGCCCUCAGUAACUAAACAACCAGAUGAUAAAGAUCAAAUUACUACAUAUCACCCUCCUCACAGAUAUACUUUUACUAAAAAACCUUCACUUUCUUUACACAUUGAUGAGCAUUUGUCUAAGUCUCUAGUUAACAAUCACAAUCCUAAUAUGUUAACAAUAACCCCUGUAACACUGCCAUCUGAUAAUUUUUCAGCUGCACGGUACCAAGAAGUUAUUUUGAAUGAUAGACGAGACAGUUCAACUCCAAUAUCUCACCCAAGGUAUUUGUCCACUGCAUCAAAACCUUCCCAGUAUCAAUCAGAGAUCCACACAUCACAGCUUCAGCAGUCUAACAGACAUUCAUCAACACAGGCUUUGCAUGCUGUACAUACAAUACAUGGAUCUGAUCAACAAUAUCUAUAUAAUAGCUACAAGGAUCCAAGAGCUACAAUUCAACCACUUUAUUAUCAAUCCACCCAUGAAGAUCCACAUCAAAAACAUACAGUGCAUCAUCCAGAGCCCUUGGAUAACCAUCAGAGACAUACUCAAAUCCCUUCACAGCACUCUGAAACUUCAAAGUCAUUUGCUCAUUUCAGCACUCCAAAGCCCAUCGCAAAUUUUGCUCCGGCAUCUCAAAUAAGGCCUGUAAAUGAACCACACCACAAGGCCACAUACCAUGAAUUAGAGAAAUAUCAGGACUCGCCACCUCAGAUCUAUUUCAGUGAUGUGACUAACAACCAGUACAGUACUCCAAAAACCACCACUUCUACAUACCUACAGUAUGAAUCGAAAGUAACUAAAGAGAUCCUGGGUGAAUCAGAUAUAAUAGUAACACCAAACAAAAAUCGUGCUUUGCAUGAUAUACCCUUAAUAUCAAAUCCUUCUAUAGUAGCAGUUACCCCUAGGGCAGAAUAUGGCAUUCAGUCUCCAGAGAGAAUACAUACUCCACAUCCUUCAUAUCCUACUGAUCAGCCACCUAAUACCCAAAUUACUGUUACAGCUGAACCUGCUAUGGAGCUUCAUCAUCAUAUACCAUUACCAAAACACCAAGACUAUCAUGAAUAUUCACUAGACUUCCCAGUUAAUCAAAACAUUAUAGCAAUAACUCCAGAUCCUAGUAUGUUACUACACACACCAGCUCCUAAUUAUUAUGGGCAAUCAGCUGCAAUCUCUUACAUUCCAUCUCCAACAGAAGUGAGUAUUCAUCACGUCCAUUUUUCUGGAGACAAUUUUCAAGCUCUUAAUUCCUCCAGUUAUAUUCAAACAAACCAGUCACAUCAUGAUGACAGUAUUUCGGCCGAUCAUGCAAAUGGGGUAAUUUCCUGGAGUAAACAAAGAAAGUAUCAUGCACAAUUUAAUCCAUAUGAGCAUGCAGGAAUACCCUCACAGUUCUCUGCUUUUGAUGAUCAUCUCAGCCAUAAACUGGAAAUUAUCACAAACCCUCAGCUCAUUACUGAACUGGGCACUCAAACAGAGUCAAAAGACGAAUCAAAUCUACCAAAAGUGUUUGAACCUACUUAUGCUACAUCCCAACAGAACACCUCUGUGGGCUCCGAAGGGAAUUUUGCUUUGACCUCUAGCCCGAAAGCUUCUUCAAGAAGAGUCAAAGGCAGUGGAAGGCGAGUUAUAAAAAGAAGAAGAAGUACGACAUCAUCUCCUUUAGAAGCAAAUAAUAGGGAAAGAAUGGGGACUACACUUCCCAAAACAGAGAGAGAGAUUGCUGAUGCCGUAGAUGGUUUAGAAAGAACCCAGAACUAUUACAGGGAAGAGCGGCAAUCUUACACUGAUUCUACUCUCCGUCAAGAAAUCAAAAUAGAAAGGCAUAAACCAAUAGGUAGUGGAAUAUUUCCGGACAGUGAAGCUAACCGAGAAAAGGUUUCUUUAUUGCAAUAUUUCCCUUUUAGACGACCUAGGAAAUUAUAUACGACGCAGUCACUUGCUCCAAGAUCAAUAACUUCAGAUAGUCUUGAUGAUUUACCAGACUCUUACUUGCAAAGUCUUGUCGAUGCUGGGUUUGGAAAGAAGAAGAGAAGGCCUACAUCAAGCUCUGAUGCUAAAGCACAGGAAGGGUCACAAAAGGCAAGUAAUCUCGAGGAGGUCAGGGAAUACUCGUUGGCUCUUUACCAGCAUCUUCAAGAGCAGUUAAAAAGUAGGCAACUAUCUACUCCUCGUCAACGAGGAAGAAGCAAGAGGAGGAGAGUAACACGUCAGACUAUAACUCCAACAGAAGAGAAUGUAACAGAAGGAGGACUCAAUGACAUGGACAUCGAGGAUAUGCUGAUGCAAGGGAUGAAUUUUAUCCCUCCGGUGGACCCAAAGCAAUUAAGAAUUGCAUUGCGUGAGCUUUUACAGUUAGUCAGUAAUUAUAAGAAAAAGGGCAUUUUAUAUCCAAAAUCAAGUGGAUAUAGCUACCUCCCCUCAGAUAAAGAUGGGAAUGGGUUUGGUGAAAGUAUAUCAAAAGAGCUUGUAACACCAGCAAGUGAAAAGGAGAGAUUGCAAAAAGAAGGAAAUGCUAUUAUCGAUGCAAGUCUUUCACUUGAAGAACUGAAUAUUGACGAUGAUGUGGAAGUAAAUUCUUAUAUCAUCACUCUUCCGUCAUCAACACCCUCAACUUCAUCCAAACAAGUGGCUCAGGAGAUCCCAACAGCUGUUGAUGUCAGUGAUGAUUAUGUACCCGUCAAACAAGGAGAAAUAGACACUUUAGGUAGGGGAACAGUCAAAUUUCAGCCCUCUGGAAGACGUCGGCCAUUUUGGGGAAGAAGACGCCGCUACAAAGGAUAUCGUCAUAGAUGUCCUGAUGACGAAACUACUACAGUUACCUCUCAGCAGCCUUUAGUACCCCCCACUAUACCUAGCAGACCAACUAUCCCGGAGCUAGAUUUCCCUGACGAACCCUCUUCCACUACGAAAGUUAUCCCUACACAAGAAACCCCAACCACGUCUUCUCCUGGGAUCCCUGGUGCAAUCCCUACCACUGCAUCUACAUCUGGUAUUCCAAGUGCUACUCCAACAACUCCUCCAUCUUCAUCAUCUCCUUUACCGGGAAAUGGUAACGAAGAUGGUGACUAUAACUAUGAGGACUACAAUGGAAAUGAUUAUGAUGAUUAUUAUGUCAAUUUUGGAGAUUCAGAUAAUGGAGUAGAUCCUGGUUUAACAUCUGGAGGGGUUCCGGCAAAUAAUGGUGAUCCAAGCACAAAUAAUUUAGGUCCCAAUGGAGGAAAUGGUGGUAAUGUACCAAAGUCAUUAGAUGAAGGAUCAGUUAUCAUACUUGUGGAGCCAGAUGAAAAGAGAGAAAUAAAUGGGGGUUCAAAUCCAAAAGCUUUUUCUCAGCUAAAAGAACGAAGAGUUAGCGGUUCAGCAAUUAUUUUGGUAGAUUCAAAUGACUCCAGAAAUAACCGAAAUUUUGAAAGACAAUAUCUGUCAUCAAAAGAAGGGAGUGCAGAAGGUUCAGCCAUCAUCUUAAUUGAUUCUGAUUCCAAUAAAAGCAUUAAUGAAAGAUGGAGAAACAUUGAGAUUUCAACUUCCAAAGAACAAUUGAACAGUGGGUCGACAAUUAUCUUAGUAGAUCCAAACAGUGAAAGGGACUCUAUUCCUCAGGAAAAGAGUGAAAAAAUUAACCAGUCAAGAGGAUCAACAAUAAUCUGGGUAGAACCUAACAAAGAUAAUGUUUCCAGUAGAGAAAAUAAACCUCCCUCAAUCUCUCGUGCAUCAAAAGAAAGUAGUAAUUCAGCCAUUAUUUUAAUAAAUCCUCAAGACUCUUCGAAAACAGUUAGUUACAAAGGAGCUCAGGGCAUUGAAGUAGAAAAUGAUGGCUCUGUUAUAAUUUUAGUUGAACCAACUAGCGAUCCCAGUGACUCCCCACCUUCAAAUAUAAACACAUUGAAUCCUACAAUAAAACCACUCUCAAGUCAGCUCGUAGCACCAUCUCCUUCGCAAUCGCAUGUAAGUCUAUAUGCUAAUGACUUACCUCCUGCAAGCAUUUCUGGUGUUGAAUCUCCUAGAAAUGCUCAAAGUUCUUCAGCAAGAUUUGAAUCAAAGGGAAACCUACAAGGGAAACAAAAUGAAGACGAGCAAAGUUUUGUUAGAUCUAGAACUAGAAGGUUACGUAAUGAACAUCAAGGGAACAUUAUAUUAUUAGCUGGACCUGAUGUUGAGCACACUUUCAAAAGAAGCCAAGGUAUUCGUGAAGAACCAGAUACUACUAGCAGGGAAAAUAUAAGAAAUUUCCAGGAGCCACCAAGAAGGCAAAGAGGUGGUCAAACUAGUAAUUCCAGAAACAAUCGGAGGCAACAGAAUCCUAGACGAAGAAGAAAACCAAGUAGGUUCAGAGACAAUGUCAGUGGUCGUAAUGACUUCCUACUUGGGAUAGGACGAGGGAGGAGCCCCAAUUCAUUCAGAUACAGACCAAAUCAUUCAAGAGAAAAUGUGCGUGUCAGGCAAGAUUCUUCUUACAUAGACUACGAUACUACAGAUGGCAGGAACUCUCCAAGAUCUGACGAUUCAGUUGGAAUUCGAGAUGAAAUUAAUAUUAAGAAUCAGAAUAGGGAACCCAGGACUAGAACUAGACAACUAGAGCAGUCGAGAACAAGAGAACAGAGAACAGAAGAACCAUUUCAGAGCAGUAGGGAUUUAACCAGGGGAAGCAGAGAGAAUUUUGGCGAGACAAGAACUCUGUCUGAUAGAGAGGAGAGGAGAGAAUUCUCUGGGAGCAGAGAAGGUCAGAGAAGUGACAGAAGGUACUAUGAUAGCGAAGGUUUUUCUUGGCUCAAUCCCAGAUCCGAAGAGGUGACCAUUACGCGAGAUGAUGAGUCCAUACCUGAGAAGAUAAGGGAGAUUCGAGAAUCUAUUGAAGCCAAAGCAAGGGCUUGGACAAACUUUGGAUUGCAACGGACACGACCAGAGUUCAGAAGGACAAGGAGACCAGCCCUUGACUAGUUUGGUGUCCUUCAUAUUGUCGAAAUAAGAAAAUAUCUAUUUAUUCUAGAUCUGGAUGAGCAAGUUGACUUAAUCCAUUCAUCAUUUGCCACACUUUUACCCGUGGAAAGUUAAAGAAAGCUUUGAUUCUGUUCACAAUUGUGUCACAAUAGUGUUUGAAGUUAGGUGUUGUUCAUAAGGAGUGAUUAGUGUAAUUGAUAGGGUCCUCAAAGAUCCUUUUGUUUUGUAGAAGUGUUGUUCAUAAGGAGUGAUUAGUGUAAUUGAUAGGGUCCUCAAAGAUCCUUUUGUUUUGUAGAAAGCCAUAACUGUAUUAUCUAUAUGCAAGAUUACUUCAUUAUGCAUCCAUGUUUGUGUAAUGUGUAAGUACCUAGAG